CAAUUCCAUCAAUUGUUUGCCAGCUCUACUUCAUACUUUCGUUCCAAGUUUCUUCAUUCAGAUCGGCGAAAAAAUUUUGUUGCUCUUGAAAUUGUUUUGUAGCAAAAUUUAUUGUAAAUUCAUUACAAAUACAUUCCAAGAGGCGGAAAGGCGAACAAAUCAAUUGAAAAUCUUCUCUGAAGUGUAACAAAUAAAAGGCUACCGAAAAAACAGACGAACCAAAAGUACAAAACCCAAAAUUUCUAACACCUUUUAGGUGUUGGAAAUUUUCCUCAACCGUUCUUCGCUUCCAAAAACUCCUUGGCUCCAGGGAGGAAGUAACUUUGUUCCAGUUUUACACCACUCCAUUACCAAAUCGUCAUCAUGGAUACAUUGAUUCCCAUUGUUAAUAAGCUGCAGGAUGCCUUCACCCAGUUGGGCGUUCACAUGCAGCUGGAUCUGCCACAGAUUGCUGUGGUAGGUGGUCAGUCGGCCGGUAAAAGUUCAGUAUUGGAAAAUUUCGUGGGCAAAGAUUUCUUGCCUCGAGGUUCAGGUAUUGUUACAAGACGUCCUUUGAUUUUGCAAUUAAUCAAUGGCAUUACGGAAUAUGGCGAAUUUCUACAUUGCAAGGGUAAGAAAUUUACCAGUUUUGAUGAAAUUCGCAAAGAGAUCGAAGAUGAAACAGAUCGUGUUACCGGCAGUAACAAGGGCAUCUCAAAUAUACCCAUCAAUCUUCGUGUCUAUUCGCCGCAUGUUCUCAAUCUAACCCUGAUUGAUUUGCCCGGUCUAACCAAGGUGGCCAUCGGAGAUCAGCCUGUGGAUAUUGAACAACAGAUUCGAAAUAUGAUUUUGCAAUUUAUUCGCAAGGAAACAUGUUUGAUAUUGGCUGUUACACCGGCCAAUACCGAUUUAGCCAAUUCGGAUGCUUUGAAGUUGGCAAAAGAGGUUGAUCCUCAGGGUAUACGCACCAUCGGUGUCAUAACAAAACUUGAUUUGAUGGACGAGGGUACCGAUGCCCGUGACAUUUUGGAGAACAAACUAUUACCCUUGCGUCGAGGCUAUAUUGGUGUGGUCAAUCGCUCGCAAAAGGACAUUGAGGGUCGCAAGGACAUCCAUGCGGCCUUGGCUGCCGAACGUAAAUUCUUCUUGAGUCAUCCUUCAUAUCGUCACAUUGCUGAUCGUUUGGGUACACCCUAUUUGCAGAGGGUAUUGAAUCAGCAGUUGACAAAUCACAUUCGUGACACAUUACCUGGCCUGCGUGAUAAGUUGCAGAAACAAAUGUUGGCCUUGGAAAAGGAUGUGCAGGAGUUUAAACAUUUCCAGCCGGGAGACACAAGUAUUAAGACGAAAGCUAUGUUACAAAUGAUCCAGCAAUUGCAAUCAGAUUUCGAGAGGACCAUUGAGGGCUCUGGUUCGGCUUUGGUAAAUACCAAUGAAUUGUCAGGUGGUGCUAAAAUAAAUCGCAUAUUCCAUGAACGUUUACGCUUUGAAAUUGUUAAAAUGUCCUGUGACGAAAAAGAACUGCGGCGUGAAAUUUCAUUUGCCAUUCGCAAUAUCCAUGGUAUUCGCGUGGGUCUAUUUACACCCGAUAUGGCUUUUGAGGCCAUUGUUAAACGUCAAAUUGCACAAUUGAAAGAACCCGUCAUCAAAUGUGUGGAUCUAGUCGUACAGGAAUUGUCAGCAGUAGUACGUUUAUGCACCGAUAAGAUGUCACGUUAUCCUCGUCUACGUGAAGAAACCGAACGUAUUAUCACCACCCACAUACGAGAACGUGAACAAAUGUGCAAAGAGCAAAUUUUGUUACUAAUUGAUUUCGAAUUGGCCUAUAUGAAUACCAAUCACGAGGAUUUCAUUGGUUUUGCCAAUGCUCAAAACAAAUCUGAAAAUGCUAACAAAACUGGUACACGUCAACUUGGCAACCAAGUGAUUCGCAAGGGUCACAUGGUCAUACAAAAUUUGGGCAUCAUGAAAGGUGGUUCACGUCCAUAUUGGUUUGUCCUGACCUCGGAAAGUAUCUCCUGGUACAAGGAUGAAGAUGAAAAGGAAAAGAAAUUCAUGUUGCCAUUGGAUGGUUUGAAAUUGCGAGACAUUGAACAGGGCUUCAUGUCGAUGUCAAGACGUGUAACAUUUGCAUUGUUCAGUCCCGAUGGACGUAAUGUGUACAAGGAUUACAAACAACUUGAAUUGUCCUGUGAAACAGUUGAAGAUGUUGAAUCAUGGAAGGCAUCAUUCUUGCGUGCUGGUGUUUAUCCCGAAAAACAAGAAACUCAGGAAAAUGGUGAUGAGGAAGGACGAGAGCAGACCAGUGUUGAAACCUCCACAGAUCCUCAACUGGAACGUCAAGUUGAAACUAUACGCAAUUUAGUGGAUUCCUAUAUGAAAAUUGUCACAAAGACAACACGUGACAUGGUGCCCAAAGCCAUAAUGAUGUUGAUUAUCAACAACACCAAGGACUUCAUAAACGGUGAAUUGUUGGCGCAUCUGUAUGCCUCGGGCGAUCAAGCCCAAAUGAUGGAAGAAUCAGCUGAGGCUGCUAGCAAACGUGAAGAAAUGUUGCGCAUGUAUCAUGCCUGCAAGGAUGCUUUGAGAAUUAUUGGUGACGUUUCCAUGGCCACAGUAUCGGCUCCAUUGCCACCACCUGUUAAGAACGAUUGGUUGCCCAGCGGCUUGGAUAAUCCACGUUUGUCACCACCCAGCCCCGGUGGUCCACGUAAACCUGCACCAUCAGCCCAGCCUGCCGCUGGAGGUCGCGGACCACCACCACCACCUGCUUCUGGCCGACCUGCGCCAGCUAUUCCAAAUCGCCCUGGCGGCGGUGCUCCACCAUUGCCCGGUGGCCGCCCAGGCGGUGCUCUUCCACCACCACUAUUACCAUCACGUGUGACUGGAGCCGUGGGUGGUGCCAUAACCCAGCAGACUGGUGCUAAUCGUUACAUCCCCGAAAGUAUGCGUGGUCAAGUUAAUCAGGCUGUGGGCCAAGCUGCCAUGAAUGAGUUGUCGAAUGUUUUCGCCCAACGUUUCAACCGACCUGUGCCCAAUGCACCACCCAAACUACCAGAACGACCCUCGUAUUAUGGUAAUACAACGAAUGGACGCCCCUUCUAAGAAGUUGCUGUAAAAUAUAAAUCAAAUGUAAAAUGAUUAGCCCCCUCCCAGGAAGUACACCUAAAUAUAUAUACAAAUUUUUAUAUAGGAUGAUAAUAUUGCGAACGAACGACCGUUGUUUGUUUUCCUCCCAACUAAGAAAUACGCUUGCAAGGCGCUUUAAUGCAAAACAUACACACAACAUAUAAUCGUAGAAACUAAUCUAUACAAAUACAACAAUAAUAAUAAUAUUUAAAAAAGAAGAUAUAUUUAUAAUUAUAAAAAAAUAACAAAAAUCUAAUUUCUAAGUCUGCCUUUAUGUAAAGUAACAUUAACAUUACACCACACACACACAUACACAAACAAAUAAAUUUACGCUUUUUUUAUAGAAUUAAAUAAAUUAAAAUUCCUUGCAGAGAACACAUACACAAACAGAAAACAAAAACAAUAAUAUAUUUAUAGAAUUUAACUCAUAAACGAACUCAGUAUGUAAAGAUCAAAUCUUUUUGUUUUGCAAAUUUAUACUAUAUUUUUAUAAUUUAAAAUAUUUCCCCCCUCUUUUCUCUUCCCAUAAACUAUAACUAUAUUUGUAAUUGUACAUAAGUAAUAAUAAAGGUUUCUUACAGAAAUAAAACAAAUAAAAAAGAGAGAGAAAAAAU